ACAGUGUUCUGUUUUCUGUUUUCGAUAGACAAACACUUUAAAUAACAGACAAUCAUUAAUAAUAACUUAAUAAUUACCUGAUAAAUAACAUUUAGCCGCGUAGGGUAUCAAAUUAAUGAUGAUUUAUCACUCAUCGACAGAUAUUACUCUCAUAAAUUAACUGUUAAAAAAAAUGAAUACAAGUAUAUCAAUGUCAGUGUCAGUGUAAAUUUGCCGCUAUGUGCAUUCUGUCUGCUUGUGUUUAUGUCCGUUCAUCAACAAUCUUUACUCUAAACCUAAACAAAUCAUCAAAACUACUGUAAUUUAAUAUUUAAAUUUGAAAAAACACAAUUUUAAAUUAAUUAGCACCUAAAAAUGUGAUGAAGAUCGAUCCUGAGCAAUGGCACGAUGGUCUACGGUAUUGUCGGGAAUAUUUUUGGCCCUAUCCAUGGUGCUGUCACUUGGUAAACUUUUAAUGUUAGCUGCUGGAAACAGCAACAAUGGUGACUUAACUGAAGCUGAUCAAUGGUUAGUUGAAAAUGGACUGCCGCAAUAUCGACAGCUUUUUAAACAAAAAGGAAUAUCAAGUCUCGCAAGUUGCGGUGAAGUUGGAGCUUUACCGGAAUUACCGCCACAGGAUGAGGAACGUUUGCAAAGAGCAGCACGUCUGUUACAACAACGACUGGUAUUACGACAGUGGCUAAGUGAUUACGGCCUCAGCUCUUAUUACCAAAAACUAAUGCAGAUGGAUGUGUUAUCCUUGGAAGAUGUAUACUGGGUUGAGGAUAAUGAAGCGCGUACUACUCUUGGGAAAGAUCUCCCAAGGUGGAUUCAAGCUCGUCAAACUUUGCCGACAUCCAAAGACGAUCUUGAGGCAUUGAAAGCCGAUUUAUGGAGCUCUGUUGUUAAAAAUAGUCAACACCAAGAUGCCUGGACCUGGGGGGGAAUGUUAGUGGUUUCAGUAUCAGUAGCGGGGUUGGUUACCCUCGCGGCGAUGACCCAACCAGCAUUGGCACCAGAGGCGAAGCACUCACUUCUUCAGUAUGUAACUGGAAAAUAUUUGCUGCCGAGCAAUUGCCGUGUUCAUUUUGAAUGGGAAGAACCACAGCUAGUAGGAGAAACUAUGACGUUUACUGUUAAAUUUUACCAACGUAAUGGACAACCCUAUCCUAUCUGCGACAAAGACAAUCUAAUAAUAGAUGUUUCAGAAGGUACAAGACGUGUAGCAACCCUAAUAGAUUUAGGUGGAACAGACCCGUUGGCUGCUAAUACGGCUGUUGUUAAAUUUACCGUACGACAUGCUGGACAAUAUCGUAUUGCCGUGUUAAUUGGUUCAUGUCAUGUACAUGGUAGCCCGUUUCUUAAAAAUUUUCUUCCUGGGCCACCGGAUCCCAAUAAAACGGUAUUUGUACGUCAAAGUUCCACUGUUGUAUGCACAGCUGGAAUCGCGCAUUCCAUGACAAUAGAACCCAGAGAUGAAUACGACAAUCUGUGUGUAUUUAGCUCUGCAGAUCAUCCUACUGAUGGAUAUAACGUCAAUAUUACUCAGAUUGGGUGCACAGAGGAGGGUCAAGCUGUGGUCUGUAACAUACUGCUGGAAUACGACCAACCGAAUCAAAGAAUCCGAUUAAAAGUUGGAUUUCCAAAGGGUGGGUGUUAUCAUGCAACAGUGAGUCUCGCCGGACUGCAAUUACAUAAUGGAGAUUUCGAUAUUAUUGUACUUGAUAGUUCUGUAGCGAGAAUGGUACACAAUAAUGUCGCUUCUAAAGAUCCUGAUAUAUGUUAUGCUGCUAAAUUAUUAGGAAUGCAAGGCGAGAAGUUUUCGAAACCUAAAAAAGUAUUCUGUUUUAUAUCACCAAAACAACUAACGAUUAAAGAAUAUCUCUUAAAAUUUAUACCUAAGCGUCUUGUUACAUUUAGACUCUGUCCAUCCACUAAGUUUCAUUUUGAAAAUUCAAAUAAUGAAUACGAAGGCUACAAUUCAUUUUCUAUAGACGAUGGGUGCCAGCCACCCGUUGAAUUAAUAUCUAACUACCGCGACGUUAUUGCCGCAACAUUUACCCUCUUCUUACUAAAAAAUAUCGGCGGUAGUGAGACGUUCGCUGACAAACAAGACUUUUUCUACCACGAAGUGAGGAAACACCAUCAAAAACACUAUCACGAAAAACUUACUAUCAAAGUGCAGCGAGAUAAAUUAUUAGAAUCAUCAAUGAAAGCAACAAAAGGUUUUUCAAUAAGCGACUGGUGUAGAAAUUUCGAGAUAACGUUCCAAGGAGAGCAAGGAGUCGACUGGGGUGGAGUUAGACGUGAAUGGUUUGAAUUAAUAUGCGCGGCACUAUUUGAUCCAGGAAAUGGACUAUUUGCAUCAUUCGGUGAAUCACAACAAGCCUUAGUACAUCCGAAUAACAAAAGAUCACAAAAUUUAAAACUAAAACAUUACGAAUUCGCAGGACGUAUUGUCGGUAAAUGUUUGUAUGAAUCAGCUCUAGGUGGAUCUUAUCGGCAAUUGGUCAGAGCUAGAUUUACACGCUCUUUUCUCGCACAAAUAAUAGGCCUUAGAGUUCACUACAAGUAUUUUGAGCAGGAUGACCCUGAUUUAUAUUUAAGUAAAGUCAAAUACAUUUUGGAAAAUGAUGUUGAAGAAAUGGAAUUAUUUUUUGUUGAAGAAGAGUACGAUAGAGAUGGACAGUUGGUAAAAGUCGCUGAAUUGAUACCAGGUGGUAGUAAAAUUCGUGUUACAAAUGACACCAAGUUAAGAUACUUGGACGCACUUGCACAGCAUCGACUUGCAAGUUCAAUUAGAAAUGAAGUUGACUCAUUUUUACGCGGUUUAAAUGAACUUAUUCCUGAUAAUUUACUUGGUAUAUUUGAUGAAAAUGAAUUAGAGCUUUUACUUUGUGGUACUGGUGAAUACAGCGUAGCCGAUCUUCGUGCUCAUCACGUAGUAAAUGGCAGCUCGCCGGAAUUUUUACGCGUACUGGACUGGUUUUGGACGGCAAUUAGUAACUUUACGCAAGAAGAAAUGGCGAGAUUGCUCCAAUUUACAACCGGUUGUUCCCAAUUACCACCCGGAGGCUUUCAACAAUUAAGCCCGCGUUUUCAAAUCACAGCAGCUCCAACUUUUGCCAAUUUACCAACUGCUCACACUUGCUUCAAUCAACUCUGUCUGCCUGAUUACGAAUGUUACGAUCAUUUCGAACGUGCACUUUUACUGGCUAUCAGCGAGGGAACUGAAGGUUUUGGCAUGAUUUAAAUUCAACUUUUAUUUUACUUACAAAAGAUUCACGUCUUGAACAUUAAUUGUCUAGUAAUUAUUUUUUAUAACCUCCGUCUAAUUCUACUGAUUUCAAAUCCUAAUUAUUUUUUUUAAAUUAAAUAUCUACAGUUCUAAAGCAAAAAUUACGGGUCGAUUAUCCUUUAGAGGCUUAAUUAAGUUUAAUAAUUAAUUUAUUAAACGGUCAGUGAUCGAAAAUCUAGUCACGUUGACCAAUAAAUAAAACACUAGUCACUAGUGAUAUUGAAAAUAGUUUGAAAUUUUGUAAAAAAUAAAAAAACAAAAAAAAACAUCGAUUAAUAUUUUAUAAAUCUGUCAUUAUUAUUAAUUAUAAUUCUUUUUAAAUUUAUUUUAAAUUUUCGAUGCUCUUUCGAAAGCUUAAUUUAUUUUAUUGUUCUACAAAUAUUCAAAAUAAAUUUUUCGAUCGUAAAGCACACUCUGAUGCUUCGCAUUAUGAGUCGUGCAAUAAAAAUUAAAUAUAAUUUAAAUUGUCUCGUUACAGUAUUAUUGAUUCUUGGCAUACGCAUUCUUUUGUGACUGCGUAGUAAUGAAUAAAAAAUUUAAAAAAUACUAAAAGUCUCGAUACGACAAACGUUCAAGUAUUAAAACUUUUUUUUUUUACGUAAUUCUUCGGCGAGACUUUUGCUUUGUUUAUUAAAAAAAAAAAAAAAAAUAGCAAUGAAUAGAAUAUUUUGUAGCUUACAAACUAAAUGAACAUUUUGUUGAUUAGUAUGUACGAGUAGACUUGAGAAAGUAAUGUAAUUAAAUUAAUAACAACUUAAUGAGGUAACAGACCCAAUUAUUGACACUUUUAUUCAAUUAUUUACUUCUUUCUUGUGUGACAAGGGAUGAAACGAAACGAUUUUAGACAAGAGUGAAGUUGGCUGCGUAAGCCGUAGGUGAGGGCUGACAUCGCAUGUAAUGUGAAAUCGUGUUACAUUUUGUGUCACACACUAGAUUCUUCAGGGUUACCUGCAUUGGAACUUAAAGUUUCAGUGUCCGCAGCCAGUUAAUUUAAGCCCAUUGGUGUGACCAAGUGUCAGCACGGAAAAAAAAAUUGUAGUUGCUACGAAAGCUGUAGUUGAGGUUACUACAAGUUGGAGUAAAGAAAUGCCAACUUCAACCACACGCGUAGUAACGUCAGUACUAUUUGUGUAGUAUCCUUUACUACAUUUUGGAGUACUCGCUAUUACAAUAUUGUAGUUAGGAGAGCCACAAUUUUUUUCCGUGAGCAUAACCAUAAAUUGUUAUUUGCAAUUUAUAAUUAAGCAUCAAUCAUAUAGUAUAUUACGCACCUAGGGAGAAAAGUAGAACAUUCCUGCGUCUGUAAUUGCCUACCAGAGCCGAAGGUGUCCUACUUUCCUUCCUUGUUGAGUAUUAUAUUUUUCACCCGAUCUGUACCUAAAAGUUUAAAUUUGCGCCUCUAUUUGAAGGAAGAAUGACGCAUGCGUUAAUUUUUUUGCACUAUACCUGCACCGAAGGUUUAAAUUUCUGUCGUCGCCAUUCUUAUUACAAACAGACGCAAAAAUUUAAAUUUCAGGCACAGUAUCUGGUGAAAAAUCAUACACAGAACGGAAGGAACGUCGGACGCCUUCGGCUCAGGUCGGCAAUUACACACGUGGGUUCGAAUGUCCUGCUUUCCUCCCUUGGUGUGUAAUAUACUAAUUAUUUUAUUUUGUUGCUGUAAACAGCUUAUAUAUUUAGGAUUUUUUCCCUGGGGUAAAAUGUUAUGGAAUCAAGAGAUUGAAAAAAUCUAAUUAUUAUUAUUAUUAAAUAUAAUAAAUAAAUAAAUUAUAUUACCUCAUACUUUAUACAGUGUCAAUAAUUGGAAAUUUUGCCUCACUCAUAGCAUUGAUACGUUAAAAAAAAAAAAAAAAAAGUUGAUACUCAUUAAAAUUAUAAAAUAGACGUGACUUUUUACAAAAUAAUUUAUUAUGCUCAUCGAUUCUAGAUCUUAAAAUCAUGCAUCAUAAAUAAAUUGAUGAUACAAAAAAUAAAAAUUGUAAUCACUUUACAAUAAGAUAAUCACAAACUUUUCUAAUAGCUUUUGACAGCUGUAUAAAUACACUCUGUAUUAUAGAUAAACUUGUACUUAAUUGAUUAGUUAAUUAAUUAAUUAAAUAAUAGCUUUAUAAUCAAACGAUAGGCUGAUUAGAGUGUUUAGUAAAAAAUAAAAAAUAAUAAUAAUAAUUAUAAUGUAUCGUCAAAUAAUGGCUGUUCAGUACUCGGUACUAAUUACCGUUGGAAAACAAAAUCCAAUAUCGGUAACAGAAUAAUAAUUAACAAAAAAAUAAUCAUUAGAUUAAUCAUAAUCAUGUUAAUUGAUAAUAUUUUUUGAAAUAGAAUGUUUGUAAAUUUAUUUAGCUCCACUGAUAAAUAAUAUAUAAUAUGAAACAUAAAUGAACAAUCGAUAAUACUGUAAGCUUAUCAUGCUUUUAAUGUUCCAAUAGCUUGGAGUUUUUUUUUAAUGACGUACAAAAUUAGUCGGAAUACACGGAAAGAACAAGAUGGUACUGGCUACCAUCCCGGAUUAUAUUCAGUUAUAUCAGACGUAAAAAAAAAAUUUUAGAUACACGGAAAAAAAAAAUAGUAGUGGCAACUUUCUGAGAUAGUACUGAGUACUUUACCGAGUAAAUAUUUGUUUAAUCUUAAUAAAAAUGUACUCCGAUCAAGUAUAUUUUCUUAAAACAAGUAUAGAAAUUCUUAAAUCAAGAAAAUAUUACUCGGUUGAAGUACAUAUUUACUAUGAUUAAGAAUGUUAUUUGUUCGUAUAGUACCAAGUAAAUAUUUCUUUAAAUGAAGUAUUUAUACUUGGGAAAAUUUUUUUUUUUUUCUUUCAGUGUGUAUGCUAUCUAGACUAUGUAGUGAGUACUAUCCCGGACAGUAGUGGAUAUAGUCUAGAUAGCAUACAGUACUGUCUGAAAUUUUUUUUUUACAGAAACUACUCAGUACUAUCCCAGAGAGUAGCCACUACUAUUUUUUUUCCGUGUAGUUGUAGUAUCCAGUAUAACUCAGUUACAUAUCAGCCAUUUCUUUUCUAGCACAUGCGCGUGUAGUAUACUAGAUACGCAUGCGCUAAAAAAAAUGGCUGAAAUGUGAGUUAAAUCUUAGAUAGUGCUGAGUAUAAUUUGAGAUGGUACUGAAUAUAAUCCAGAUGUAUGUGGUUACCAUCUAGGAUGAUAACCAGUAUAAUCUAGCGCUGUAUAAUCUGAGAUGUCACUGAGUAACAUAUGGGAUGGAACUGAGUAUAAUAUAGAUACAACUAGGAUUAUACUGGGUACUAUCUGAAAUUUUUUCUUACGUCGGAUGUAACUGAGUAUAAUCCGGGAUGUUAGCCAGUACCAUCUUGUUCUUUCCGUGUAGUAGAAAAAAAAAUCAUAAAUAAAUAAAAAAUAAAUAAAUAAGCUAGUAAUGAUAAAUUUGUUAGAGUUAUUUUAUAAUUGAUCGUUAAUACUCUGCAUUAAAAAAAUUUUUGCAUGAUUAAAAUUUCAAAUUACAUUUAUUUAAAUUAAAUUAAAUGAGUUUAUUUAUAUAUGUAAAUAAUUUAAUGCAGAGUGUAGUUGAUGAAAUGAAUAUUUUUAAAUAAAUGAAAUAAUUAUUUUAU